UCCACCGAGAACAAAAUCACCACGAAGAAUGCCUUUGGCUUACACCUGAUAGAUUACAUGACUGACAUCCUGAAAAGGAAGGACUCUGAUAUGACCAACUUCAAGGUCGCGGCCGGCACGCUCGACGCCAGCGCCAAGAUCUACUCCGUGCGUGUGGACGCCGUCCACGCAGACACCUACAAAGUCCUGGGGGGCCUGGGCAAGGAAUCAGCACCCUCAGAGGACACAGAAAACCCAGCAAGAGAAGAAGCCAGCCCAGCUCCUGAGGCUGUCAAGAAGGUUCAGAAGAAGAAAAAGUACUCCUUCAAAACCAUUGAGCAGAACCUGAGCAACAUCAACGUGUCGGAGGCGAAUCGCAGGGGUGAGGUUGACCCCAUAUUCCAGAAGACAGCCAUGUCUUUUGAUGAAUGCAGCACAGUUGGCAUUUUCCUCAAUGAGCUGCACACCUACGGCUGCCAGAGCGAGCUCCUCUUCGAGUUCAAGCUCAUUCCUCUCCCUUUGUCAGAGGCACCCACACUGCCAAGCUCUGAGCCUCUGAAAGUGAUGGAUUUGAAGUCCCUGCUGCAGCAGUGUGUGGAGAAACGCCCCAUCUGCUCCUCCCUGGCUGGUUUCCAGUUCACAAACUGGGAUGCUGAGUCCCACAACGAGUCAGUGUCAGCCCUGCUGGAUAAAUUCAAGAGGAGCGACCAAGUGUUCGACGUCCACGCGGAGGCAGACAGUGAUGAGGAAGGCUCCCUCCCCACCCCGACUGGCACAGCCUCUCUGGGGGAUGGAGACAUCGGGACCAUGUGCCUCCACCUCUCCAGCAGGCCAGGGGAAUACUCCUACUUCAGCCCCCGCACGCUCUCCAUGUGGGCUGGCCCCGAGCACUGGCGCUUCAGACCUCGACACAAAGGAGAUGGUGACUCUGAAAAAGAGACCAAGAAGAGGAAGGCAAAGGAGGCGUUUGAGCUGAACUUUGAGGAGGAGGUUGACUUUGAGGUGUAUUUCCGCAAGACCAAG